AUGAAAAAUGUAUCUAUGCAAUUUGUCAGUAAAAUUACUAAAAGUCCGAAAUUUUGGAUAUCAGCAAAAGUUUCCGAAUAAAAAUUCCAUCUUAAAUGUAUCCAUGCAUGUAUGCCGUAAUGAGGUUAUAAAUCCGAAACAACAACAAGCAACAACACAUUGAAAUGAGAAGACGCUGCAACACAAAGCUGUAAAUCUGGCAAUACUGGCAAAAAAUAAAUAAAAGAAAAAAGGGAAUCUAAAAUCAAGCGCGUAGCAAACCGCUGAGAAAAAACCCUCGCAAUGCAAAAGGAAAAGCGAAGCAGGCAAAAGCCGCACCGACGCCAACUAAAAUGGCAACAUGUAAUUAAAACAACAACAAGGGAAGCCCAAGCUCUGCCUGCAGCAACAGCAACAACAACGAAAAUAGCAGCCGCCACAGCCAUACCAACUAGAACAACGAUAACAACAGCAACAAAGCCAACACUGCUGACAGUGUACAACAAAAUCGUGCGCACAAUGACAGUUGUUGCAGGCAACAUUGGCGCUGUUGUUGUUGGCGAUGGCAAGCAGGAGGUUGGCUGUUGUUGCGCAAGCGAGCCAAGUGACUCCAGCCAACGGCAACAGCAACAACAACGAAUAUGCCCCCCACAAGCGCAGCUGCUGCAGCAUCGGCAACAACAACAACAGCAUAAGCAACAACAAGGUGGUGAGCCACUUAUGCAACGGCGGCUGCAUUUACGGCCAUGGCCAGGACAGCGGUCAAAGUUCAGCUCCUGGCUGCUGACAACUGUGUUCAUCGUUGCCAUUUGCCUGGUGCAGAGUGCGCAGACGAACAGUUUGUUUGGUAAUUUACAAUCUUGUUCCAAUGAAGGCGAAGAAGUUCAAAUUCAAGAACUAAUAAAGUGGAAUUCAAAGUGCUUUAAAUGUGCCUGUAAGAAUGGUUUUGUUAACUGUGACAAAGAAAGCUGCCCCUCCAUCGAUGAUUGCUAUUUGUUGGAUCCAAAGACGCCAGAUACGUGUUGUAGGAAAUGCAAAGGUUGUAUUUUUCGCGGCGUACCAUACUCCAGUGGCACUGAAUGGACUGAUCCCGAAGAUCCUUGUAAAACAUACAAAUGUAUUGCCAGUGUUGUUACCGAGACGACGAUGAAAUGUUUCAAUCAAUGUGAUGAUGAACACGUUAUACCGCCAAAGCCGGGCGAAUGUUGUCCAACAUGUCGAGGUUGUAAGAUCAAUGGACAAGUUGUAGCCGAGGGGCAGGAAGUAGUCGGCUCGAUAGACGAUCGUUGCAUGGUGUGUCAAUGUUCGAAGAAUAAAUUGACCUGUGCCAAGAAGACAUGUCCAAUACUACAAUGUCCCAUUUCAAAGCAAACACAAAAUCCCAACGAGUGUUGUCCACGUUGCACCGAGCACCGCGAGUUUAUGCCAGUAACUGGCAAAUGCAUUUUCAACAACAAAGUCUACUACGAUAAGACUCAAUUCACGCCCGAUCGCUGCACAAAUUGCACCUGCAGCAAUGGCACAUCGGUGUGUCAGCGCAACACCUGCCCCGUGCUAGAAUGCUCGCCCGAGUAUCAGGAAAUGGACGGCUGCUGCCCACACUGCAUCACAUCGGAAGUGCGCAGCGAAUGCAUACACAACGGUAUUACCUACAUGAAUAACGAGACUUGGAAUUUGGGUCCAUGCCGCUCGUGUCGCUGUACUGCCGGCAAUAUACGCUGCUCCGAAAUGCGCUGUGCGGCGGUGAGGUGUCGUUCGAAUGAGGAGAAGAAAACUUUACCGGGCGAGUGUUGUCCACGUUGCCUAGAGACCGCUGGCACCUGCACUGUCUUCGGUGAUCCGCACUUCAAAACGUUCGAUGGCAAAUUCUUCAGCUUUCAGGGUUCGUGCAAAUAUCUGCUCGCUGCCGAUUGCCGUGAUCAUUCCUUCUCCAUACGUCUAACGAAUGAUGGGCGCGGCACGAAGCGGUCGUCGUGGGCGAAAACGGUAACUUUGAAAAUGCGCGGUAUUCGUGUGAAUUUGGGUCAAAAGCUGCGUGUAAAGGUGAAUGGCAGUCGGGUGUUGUUGCCGUAUCAGGGCGCGGCCGAUGGGCCCAUCAUCAGCAUCGAACGGCAAGGCGAAAGUAUUUUACUGCGGACCGAUGUGGGGCUAAAUCUCGAAUGGGAUGGUAAUAAUUUUCUGCAAUUAACGGCACCCGCCUCUUUCAAGCAAAAGUUGUGCGGCCUCUGUGGCAACUAUAACGGCAUUGGACGUGACGAUCUCACCAGCCGCGAUGGCAACAAUCACACCGACGAUGAGGUUUGGCGCUUCGCCAACUCAUGGAAGGUGGGCGGACCGAAAGCGUGUUCACGGCGUGUGGACAAACUUGCCGCGCGGCCAAAUUGCAAGCAACGCCAGGCGAACGCCUACUGCCGCUGGCUGCGCGAAUCUGAAGUAUUCGGAAACUGUGAUAAUAGACUAAAUCCCAAUAACUAUUUUGAUGCCUGCAAGAUGGACGUCUGCGAAUGCCCCAACGGCCUGUGCCAUUGUGACAGUUUCGCCGCGUAUGCGCACGAAUGUCGCCGUUUAGGUGUGCAGGUGCCGGAUGAGUGGCGCAAGCGCACCAGGUGUCCGGCGGGCAUGUGGCGACGCAAUGCAACCAAAAUCGCGUUACCGCCGUGGCAGUACCAAAUGCGCGGCGGUGGUGGGGCCGGUGGUGUUAGUGCGCAAGCGCGUCGUCGCAAGCAACAACAGCAACUGGAGCUACAGCUACAAUUGCAGCAAUUGCAGGAGCAGAAUAAUCAGUUGUUGUUGGAGCAGCACGUGCCGAAGAGUCUGCUGGUGCAUAAGUCACCGAAUCGAACGCCACCACCGCUGCACUGAGCGCGCGCAUGCGCAACGUCGCACUACAUUCAUCAACACUAACUAAGCUACGCUAGGCUAUGAAAAAUAUUUCAAAUUGAAUAGAAAUACUUUUUUUUUUUUUAAUAGAAAUACUUCUGUUUAUUUUUUUUAGCAGAUGAUAACUAAAGCAUAUUGCUUCAGUUUAUUAGAUGAAGCGCAUAAACGUAUUUGUUUCUGUGCGUGUGUGUAUGUGUUUGUUUGUUUAUUUCUGCUAACUAAACCCAGUGGGAAAAU